CAAUUGAAAUAAUUGCGGCGUUAAAAAAACAACAACAUUUUUUGUGACAAUUAGUUUUGUAUAAACUAGGAAACGUAUUUUAUUACUUAACGUAUAUUAUUGCUGACUUUUCGUUUAUAUGUAUUUUUGACUUACAGAAAAAUGUUAUAAUGGAUCCAUUAGGUUUAUUAUCUGGUAUAAUUGAUGCAGAAACAUUACCACGUUGGUCACAAACUAACCUCUCAAAAUGUCCAGAAGUACUUGAAGAACGCGAAAGUCCAUUUCCUGUUAACAUUGACAUUAAUGAUAAAAUAUGUUUAUGGGAAGGCGACAUCACAAAACUUAAUUGUGAUAUAAUUGUGAACUCGACAAAUGAAUCAUUAAAUGACAAAAAUCCAAUCAGUGAAAGAAUUUUUAAAGUUGCAGGACCCUUACUACAACAGGAGAUUAUGAUAGAAGUUCAAAAUUGUCGAACUGGUGAAGCAAAAAUGUCAAAAGGUUAUGGACUUCCCUCUAGAUAUGUUGUACAUACAGUUGGACCUCGAUAUAAUACAAAAUAUAAAACAGCAGCUGAAAGUGCUUUAUACAUGUGUUAUAGAAAUGUUCUUCAAUUAGCUUAUGAAAACAAUCUUCAUUCAAUUGGGCUUACUGUAAUAAAUUCAACACGUAGAGGUUAUCCUCCGGAAGAAGGAGCUCAUAUUGCAUUACGUACUGUCCGAAGAUAUCUUGAACAUAAUAUUGAUGCCUUUGGAGUUAUAGUUUUUGUUGUGGAGCCUAUAGAUGAGAGCACAUACAAAAGACUAAUGCCAAUGUAUUUUCCACGUGAUAAAAAAGAAGAACAAUUUGCUAUUGGUUUUUUGCCUUCAGAUAUAGGUAAUGAAGAUGGUGAGCCUUUUUUACCAGAGAGACAGAUUCGAAUUAUGGAUAAACCAUUAAAAGCUAACAAUGGAAUUGAUUUAUUGAAUUCAUUUGUGGGGCGACAUCCAUUUGCAAAAGUAGCUGCAGACCUAGACACAGGAAGGCGUGCUAAGCUUCAGGGAAGAAGUCAGGUUGAACAAGAUAUUUUGGAACAACAAAGAAAGUAUUCACAAUGGAUAAAGCGUUCCCGCACUGAAGAUUUUUCAGAAAUUUCAAAAUUGGGUUUUUUAUCCAAUCCAGGUGUAGAUCUUCAAGGACGUCCAGUGGUUGUAUUCAUCGGACGAUUCUUUCCUGCACAUGUAAUUGAUCUUAAUAAAGCUGUUUCUUAUUUUAUACAUUUCAUGGAUACAAUUGCAAGUCGAGAGUAUGUCUUUUUAUACUUCCACACACUUACUACUGAAGAUCAUCAACUUGAUAUGACUUUUUUAAAACACUUUUAUGAAAUGUUAGAUAUCAAAUAUCGCCGUAAUAUGCAUUCUUUUCAAAUUAUUCAUGGUUCAGUUUGGCUGCGUGUGUGUACUUGGUUCUUUACAAUAUUCAAUGCUGCUACAAUAAAAGAUAAAAUUAAUUUUGUUCCAGGUGUUCAAUACCUGUAUGACAUCAUAAGUCCAGAUCAAUUAGAAAUACCCCCUUUUAUCAUGGAGUUUGAUAUACAGGAAAAUGGUCCGAGUUAUUACACGCCAAAAACUAAACAUAUGUUAGUGUCACCACCGCCAUAAAACGAAAAUUUGACUUUAGUGUUACAAACCGCCAUUAUUAUAAAAUGUGUUGAAAUUAACUUUAUCUAAGAAACAUCGUAUUCAACAUUUUUUAUAAUUAACCAUUCGUAAUUUACAAAAUUAAAAAUUCUUUA